CCAAGACCAGGACCAAUCCCUCCGAGGCUCUCCACCAAUCAGCGUCGAGAAUUCCUUCCUUUUUCGGUCGACGUCAACAACACGCGCCGGGGCAGCAUCUGGAGCCUUAUUUCGCCUCCUAUCGCCGCCAAGAUGUACAACGAAUUCGUGGACGAGUAUGAGAGCUACCCGCUGGAGGAUGCCGAGAACUACCACUACACUGUGCGUGGUGCUGAUGGGGAGUUUGGGGACCGUGGCCACUACCCAACGUACUCCAUCCCCGAGGAGGUCAAGAAGUACAUCACCUACUUCAGGGACGCCAUACGGGAUGGGAACGUGUUUGACAUUCCCUCCCUCUAUGUGGACUUCAACCGGCUGACGGAGGAGUACUACAAGACCCAGUCCUGGCCCGAAGUGGAGGACCUCUUCGGCAACAAGCUGGUGGAGCAGGACGGCAGGGACGACAUCUUUCUCAUCCUGUACCGCGAGUUGUACUACCGACACAUUUAUGCCAGGGUGCAGGGCGGGCCAACCAUCCCACAGCGCUUUGAGUCCUACUACAACUACUGCAACCUCUUCAACUACAUCCUGAGUGCUGAGACCCCUGUACCCCUAGAACUCCCCAACCAGUGGCUUUGGGAGAUCAUCGACGAGUUCAUCUACCAGUUCCAGUCCUUCUCGCAGUUCAGGUCAAAGCUCGGGAAGAAGAGUGAGCCAGAGAUUGAGAUGUUGAAGGACUCCCCGAAGAUUUGGAACGUCCACUCUGUCCUCAAUGUCCUGCACUGCCUCGUGGAUAAGAGCAACAUUAACAGACAGCUGGAGGUCUACACCAGCGGGGGUGACCCAGACAGCGUAGCGGGUGAGUUCGGCCGUCACCCGCUGUACAAGAUGUUGGGAUAUUUCUCCUUGAUCGGACUCCUGCGCCUCCACUCACUGCUUGGAGACUACUACCAGGCUAUCAAGGUCCUGGAGAACAUCGAGUUGAACAAGAAGUCGAUGUACUCCCGCGUGCCAGCCUGCCAGAUCACCACCUACUACUAUGUUGGCUUUGCGUACCUCAUGAUGCGGCGGUAUGCUGACGCCAUCCGCACCUUCUCCAACAUCCUCGUCUACAUCCAGCGCACCAAGGCCAUGUUCCAGACCCGCAACUACCAGAACGACCAGAUCAACAAGCAGACGGAGCAGAUGUACACCCUGCUGGCUAUCUGCAUGGUGCUCCACCCCCAGAGGAUCGACGAAGUGGUGCAGUCAUCGCUGAGGGAGAAGACCCUGGCGGAGAAGAUGGCCAGGAUGUCGCGUAAUGACACCCAGGAGUUCACGCAGUGCUUCACCUUUGCCUGCCCCAAGUUCCUGAGCCCUGUGCCGCCACCCUUUGACUCUGCCCCGGCCAACUACCACAAGGAGCCCUUCCAGCAGCAGCUCAAGGUGUUCCUUGAUGAGGUCCAGCAGCAGCAGCAGAUCAGCGUGAUGCGUUCCUACCUCAAGCUGUACACCACCAUGCCCAUGGAGAAGAUGGCCGCCUUCCAGGAGAUGACGGAGGACGAUUUCCGCAACGCCCUGCUCUGCUUCAAACACAAGAUGCGCAACAUGGUCUGGACGAAGGGAACGUCAGGGCUCCAGGGCGACUUCCAGAGUGAUUCCGAGGUGGACUUCUUCAUCGACGGCAGCAUGAUCCACAUUGCUGACACCAAGGUUGCCCAGCGCUACGGCGAUUUCUUCAUCCGCCAAAUUCACAAGCUGGAGGAGGUCAACCGCUCCCUCUCAAAGGUCAAGGUGUAGAGGAGAUAUGGAGGGAUGGAUGGAGAGAAGGAGUGGAGGGAAAUAGUGUGUGAGAGAGUGUGUGUGUGUGUGUGUGUGAGGUUAUAAUGAAAGACAGACAGACAGACGAAGAGAGAAAAAGAGACAGAGAAGGAGACGUGAGAGCACAGAGAAUGGUGGAGACAGAGACAGAAAGAGAAAGAGAGAGUGUUUGUGCGUGUGUGUGUGUGUGUUUGUGUGAUUGACAUUAAAUUAACUGAAUGUACUUUACCUUAUCCCACCUUCACUUGCCUUGCCUUACCUUACCUAACCUAGCCGUAUCUUCCCUUACCAUACCUAACCUUGCCUUACCUUACCUUACC